GGCUUACUCCAUCAAUAUAAGAAAAAUAUUUGGGUAUCGAAGGAAAGUUGCACUAUGGUAAACACGACCGUGAGCUGUCCGGAGUUGUGGUGGGUUGUAUACAAUGUGCUGCGGAGCGGAUAAUUAUCGGCCCGACGCAUUUCAAGGCAAGCACGAUCUGAGCCAGUGAUUCCUCCAUGAUCAACCAAGAAAUUGACCGAGCCGCUGCUCACAUAUGGCGAGCUCAUUGGGCAGGAGAGUGGCGUCCUGGCCUCGAUUGUCGUCUCAAUGGAUCUGCGACAGCUGCUACAUGUUCAGUACGUCAGCAGUAGUUGCGUCGGGGCACAGUCGCUGGUCGACGAUCAAACACGACAAAGCAAAGAAUGACAAGGCAAAGAGUAAAGAGAGAGGGUUACUCACGCAAGAAAUAAUUACUGCAUCACAAUUAUGGGGACCUAAUCCGAAGGACAAUCCCCGUCUACAGCUAGUAAUUGCAAAAGCAAAGCAAUCGCAGAUGCCUAAGGCCAUCAUCGAAUCAGCAAUUGCACGCGGCCAAGGAGUCAGCGCCUCAGGGCAAGCUCUAGAGGCCGUCACGAUCGAAGCAAUGCUACCUGGAACAGUUGCCGCGGUAGUCGAAUGUAUGGCUGAGAACAAGGCUCGAAUUCUUCAGGAUGUCCGGUCGAUAAUUAAAGAUCAUGGUGGAACAGUAACGCCGACAGUCUAUUUAUUCGAUAAAAAGGGAAGAGUUAUUUUUGAGAAAAAAGAUGGCAUGAAUCCAGACGAUUACCUAGACCAGGCCAUUGAGGCCGGUGCAACAGACAUCGAUACGGAUACGGAGGGAAGACUAGUCGUAUAUACAGAGCCUUCGGACACCAAGUCUGUUGGGGAGUUGCUGUCAAAAUCUACGGGACUCUCAAUUUCACAGUCACAGAUUAUCUGGGAUCCGAAUAAAGACACGAUGAUCAAGGUUGAGAAUGAAGACCACCUGAACGAGCUCGAAGAAACUGUAAGUGCCCUUAGAGAUGAGCCCAGUGUCCAGGACAUCUAUCUCAAUACGACCCUCUAAAUCGACGAGCACCUAUACAAUGAGGAUCCCUCAAAUAAGUGUGUUUUGGCUGUUUGAGCUUUUACCCCAAGGUCAUUCUUUCUACGACCAACAUGUAGUAUACGGAACUUGUGAAAAUAUAAUAAAUGUAUAAUUAGCAAAUAGAGACUUAAUUCUAUAAACACAGAUC